AUGGCGCGUUCAACGAACCCUGUGGCGAACCCUCGAGCCAUUGUCUCCAGCUCCGACUAUCGUUUUACCGUCCUUACAGACAGUCUCAUCAGAUACGAAUGGGCACCCGAUGGCCAGUUCAAAGACAGGGCUUCCACCUUUGCCAUCAACCGUAAUUUUUCUGUUCCCCGAUUCCGUCUUCUUGAUGGCGAUGAUCUCCAUAUUAUCACCAAGCACUUCCAUCUGAGCUACAAUAAGCAGUGGUUCACACUGGGAGGAUUACUCAUCCACUUGAACUCCAACCACACAGAAUGGGGCGCCCCAUGGCAGUAUGGAGUCUCUGAAGACCUCAACCUGGGAGGCACAGCCUGA